GGCGAUAGUGCCACGGGCCACGCAGCAGUUGUACUCUGGUGUGAGGUCUGGACAGACCUAGUGCGGCUUUGUGGAACCGAUAUGGACCACUUUAGAUACCAAAAUACCCACAAUUCGUAAUUCUAAACAAUGGUAGAGCCAUGAAUCGAUGUGCCGAGCCACCGGACACAAGAAACAGAAUUCGAUUAACACAUCGGUGACGAUUUUUUAAACAACAGGCAUGGACAUACAAAAGAAGUUCUUAUGCCCUCGCUUGGUGGAUUAUCUCGCCAUAGUGGGGGCCAGGCCUUCACCGAACUCUCGCCAACCUGUACAGGUUCCAGAAUUACUGCGAAGAUAUCCGAUUGAAGACCACAAAGACUUUCCUUUGCCCCGCGAUAUGGUUUAUUUUUGCCAACCCGAGUACUGUAAUAGUAUCGGACCGAAACGUACAGCAUUGCGAGAAGCGACAUCUUUCACUUUCACCCUCACCGAUAAAGAUUGUGGAAGAACUCGUUAUGGGACUUGCGUCAAUUUCUAUAGACCUAUCGAAAGAACGGUGAUUCAUGGAACAGCUGGAAGCGCUAUUCGUAGGGAUAAGCACAAUACGAAUUUUCGCAGGGAAAGCUGGAGGAAAAGCAUGGAAAAAAGCUCAGACUCAGCGUUUUCAAGCGACUAUAGGAGCAGUGUGAUAGGACCUAGUGAUUCUGAAAAAGAUUGCCCAAGCCGCAGGGACUCAGAUACUCCUCACGCUCCUCACGCUCCUCAUGCUCCCAGGCUAGGUGUUACUGCACCGAGUGGCGAUAGCGAAAGUGGCGGUAGUCAUUCUCCGUCCCCCAGAGCUUCUCGCAGACGUCAGAGAAUACGAAAUCUUUCCCUUACGUCUCUCUGCAUCAUCUCCCAUCACCCUUUUUUCACGAUGUUCCGAGAAUGCUUGUUUGUUUUGAAAAAGCUUAUCGACGCUUGUAAUGAAACCUCUACGCCUCAUAGAUGCGGAGCAUCAAAGCAGACUACCAGAGAAUCCUUGUGGACUGUAUUGACUGGUAUGAGUUUUGAGGGAGCAUCAUCCAUAGUUCUUCACGACAUUAGAGAAAUUGAAACGUGGAUUUUGCGCUUAUUAAGUGCUCCAGUUCCAGUUCCAUCGAAAACUAGAGUUGAAGUUGAAAUUCUUUCUCCCAGUAUUCAGCCCCCUCUUUGCUUUGCUCUUCCAGACCAUACCAGGUUUUCCUUAGUUGACUUCCCACUUCAUCUGCCUCUGGAAUUGCUUGGUGUCGACAUUUGUCUUAAAGUGAUGGCUCUGAUUUUACUCGAACAUAAGAUUGUAUUACAAUCACGAGAUUACAACGCCUUAUCGAUGUCGGUGAUGGCUUUCGUUACUAUGAUAUAUCCCCUGGAGUAUAUGUUUCCAACGAUCCCGUUACUACCAACCUGUAUGACUGAUGCAGAACAAUUACUUCUGAGUCCUACUCCUUUUGUAAUUGGGAUCCCAGCCUCCUUCUUUUUAUACAAGAAGAAUUUCAAAAUGCCCGGCGACAUUUGGCUCGUGGACUUGGAUAGCAGUAAAAUCACUCCGCCUUCCAGGUACAACGAUGUCCUGCCUCCAUUACCAGAACCGGAGGGAACGAUCUUGAAGAAUCACUUAAAACAGGCAAUGCAACUCAUGGACCAAGCUGGCUCUGGUGCUAUGGGCAGCAUGACACUCCCCCAUUCACAUCCGUUUCCACCACAAACCGGAACUAUUCAAUCAUUUCAAGUUUCGAGUAGAAGAGAGAGUACUACAUCGCAUCAUUCCACUCUGAGUGUAUCAUCAGCGAAACACAGGCCAAGUAUGGACCAAAGUUCUUCAGUUCACAAUAGUCCAAUAGGUUCUCCAGGUACAACAAGUCCCCGGCGUCCUUCAGCAGCGCCUUCUGCUGGAUCUGGUUUCUCGCCUCAGCGGCCCAUGGUCCAAUCCACAGCUCCGUUUAACCCAUUUAUCUAUGGUAGCGACGUCGACUCAGUAGAUAUUGCGACAAGAGUAGCGAUGGUGCGCUUCUUCAACUCCCAGAACCUACUAGCCAACUUCACAGAGCAUACAAGAACUCUUCGGCUUUACCCUCGACCAGUCGUCGCCUUUCAGAUUAAUUCGUUCCUCCGCUCAAGACCAAGAGCAAGCCAAUUCUUAAACGAAUUUGCUAGAACUCAAGCAGUGGAAUUCCUCGCAGAAUGGAGUCUGAUGCCCAACAAUGUUGCUUUUUUGAGAGUUCAGACUGGAGUUUUUGAUCCAGCUCAGAUUGGAGAUAAACCUAGGUGGUACGCAAGUGGAUUAGAGCCUAUAAAUUUCUCAGUUUGGGAUUCUGGAAGUUCACUCGCGAAUGCUUUAAAGGCGAUGAAAGAACAUGAAAGUCAACCAACGGACGAAAGCGGUUCUGAUUCUGAAGGCGCUGAAAGCACUAGUUCCUCGUAUUCUUCACUAAGUGAUUUCGUCUCAGAAAUGGCCUCCUCUGAUUUAUCACCGAUGAAUCAGUCGCAUCCAAUGGCUCUCGCUGUAGACCCUAAGAACCUCUACAACCCGCCCAGUUCCUUGCAAUAUCCUGGUAUAGAAGAAGAUUCGCCAGCUCGUGCUGAGAGUCCACCGAGUACUUCCUCCAGUCACAGUGAUUUAAGUAGUCCGAGUUUCAACCGAGACUCCGAGUUCGAGUUAAACCCAAAAGCUGCCGAGGGUUCUCAAACCGCCAAGAGCGACAAUGUACCACCAAUAAGUCCAGGACUUUCAAGACAGCCUAGUGUGGGGAACGUUCUGGCACGUACUUCAAGUUUUGGAUCCUCUGGUCCACUUUUACCACGUCAAUCCACAGCUCCAAGUUGUAGUACUGAAAGCAGUUUUCAAGGUGCCCCACGACAAGCAACAUCUGGAAGCCCUGGGCGACAAACAGGAGUACAAUCUCAGUAUCAGAAUAGUGGAGGCAGCACUGGAAAUGGAGUUACAAGGCAGGGAUCUCAAGGGUCGUUAUUUGAACAAAUCGCCUCCCAAGCUAAAGGUCUGGUUCGUGAGACGACAAGGCAAAGUAGUCAGGAAGGCCUUCUGGCUCAUAUGGAUAAGUUAAAGCAUCAAGCGAAAGAAAAGAUCACAGAAGCAGGAGAAGAUAGCUUAUUUGCCCCACUGGAACAGUUGACUCAGCAGACUAAAAAAGCAAUGGGAGAGGCGUCUAAAUCUAUGCAGGAAGCGUCAAAAUCUGCGUUAGAGGCGAGCAAAACUGCAGCUGGAGUUAGUAAAAAUACUCUUGAUGACCUCACUUAUGUUGGGAAAAGUACCUUUGGUGAUUUUACCAAAACUGCUAAGGAAGCAGCCGCGAAAAAAGGAUUGCUCAAGGGUCUAGGAGAAUCUCAGGCUUCGCCAGAAGCAACCGGUUCCGGAAUGAUGCCGCGAAAAGACUCAAAUAACACUCAAUUGGUUGCUCCUGAUUCACGUAGCGGUAGACGUGAUAUAGGGCGCGAUUUCUUCAGCAAUAUUGGGAGCGAUUUGAACGGAAUUGCGGCUCACACCAGUAGCAUGUUCAGUGACUUGUUCGGUAGUAAAAAUAGCUCUAGUCGCAACAGUAGCUUCCUACCUCAAUCACAAAAAUUAAAAGAAAAGACCCACUCUUUUGGACCCUUCCCGAGAGGGAAGCAGAGUCUGGCGGAACGAUCGUCACUAAUUAAGCAUUCUACGAAUAAAAGCAAUCAAGAGGAAUUGCAGAGGAUGCAGAAUGCUGAGAGAUCAAGUACAAAUAGUAAUAAUCAAACAUUCCUAACGGAUGUCGUAAAUCAAGUUUUGGCAGGAGAGGGUGUUGGUUGGUUGAAACUGAAUAGGUUAAAAAAUCUAAUGGAGGACGAGAGCUAUCGAGAUUUUAUUCUGACAAAGCUCAACAAAGGUCUGCAUAGAAAAAUAAGUCCUGACGAUCACAUAGACGAUGUGUGCAUAUCGAAACCCGUUUACAAGGGAAUGUUAAAGUGCCUUCAGGCAGUAGCUCAUGGUCAUGCACACACGUACAGCAAUUUUGGAUUAGGUGGUAUGGCUUCCGUCUUCCAGCUUAUGGAAAUCGCACACACACAUUACUGGAGUAAAGAUCUUUCAGAGGGUGGAUUUGAAGGUUCACUAAUGUCACAGUCAUCUACGCCGUUAGGAAGCAAAGAGAAUCUCAAAUCGCCUCAGUCUCAAGAAAAAGCAGACGUUGCAGACAUUCACAGAAUUCAUGAACCACCUCAAGUUCGACUAGAGAGGCCUCACUCUCAAUCAAGUGGAGAUGAUUCCCAGUCCACGACGGAUAUGUUCCUCGACAUGUUUACAAAGAAAGGAAAAUUCCUCAGUAGACUGACUUCCUUUGAUUCAGAGGGUGGCCGAGGAACUGGAAGCAGUGAGGCUUUAUCAACGGAUGGAGGUAGUAUUACGACGAAUCCUGCAUUUAGACAGACCCACCAGGCUUCCUUUCGUAGUACAGUUUCUGACAGCGAAGUUGAGCAAGGCAAUUUUCCACGACAAAAACAACGGACAGCUAGUGUUUGGUCCAGCAAAUCGUCUCUCAGCACAGGCUUUAGGUAUCAUGGAGGUAAUCUUGUACCUACGACAACGACACCAAGUCCAGAAGCAGCCAGAACAUAUCUUUUUGAAGGACUUUUGGGAAAAGAAAGAUCUUCUCUUUGGGAUCAAGUCCAAUUUUGGGAGGAUGCGUUCCUUGACGCCGUCUCACAAGAACGAGACAUGAUGGGAAUGGAUCAAGGGCCCGGAGAAAUGAUGGAGAGGUAUAAAGGUCUAAGUGACAGUGAAAGAAGGCGCUUGGAGCAUGACGAAGACAGAUUACUCUGCACCUUGCUUCAUAAUCUUACCGCAAUCUUAGUGAUGUUGAAUGUUGAUAAGGAACAAGUAAAGCGAAAGGUGCGAAGGUUGCUUGGAAAAAGUCAUAUUGGACUCAUUUACAGUCAAGAGCUAAAUCAACUUCUUGAACAGAUAACCAAUCUUCAUGGAAACGAUAUUGAUUUAAAACCUUUAAAUUCUCGACAAAUGCAUCGUCAAUCAUUCACUGUUAAUGCAGGCGUGGAUGCAGAGGGUGAUUUACGUUUUUUAGAAGUUAGACAUGAUGGCUUGGUACUUAGAUCUGUUAACGGUGUCAUCGUUGAGAGAUGGUGGUACGAGCGUUUGGUCAAUAUGACUUAUAGCCCUAAGACUAAAGUUCUAUGCCUUUGGAGGCGCAACGGAGGCCAAACACAGUUGCACAAGUACUAUACGAAAAAGUGCAAAGAUCUUUAUUAUUGUAUAAAAGAUGCGAUGGAGAAAGCCGCUGCACGAGGUCGCGGUGCCAACGUCGGCGUAGAAUUGGGUGGCGAAUUUCCAGUACAAGAUAUGCGUACCGGCGAAGGUGGUCUCCUUCAAGUCUGCAUGGAAGGCGUUGGUCUUCUCUUCGCUAAUAGCAAGUUUUUUGUAAGACUCGAUCAUAUCCGCAAGUGCUUUACUCAGAAGGGUGGGAUCUUCGUUUUGGAAGAGUUCAAUCCUAAGACUAGACAAGUAAUUCAACGUAAAUAUAAGUCACAAAUGGCGAGCGAGGCAGUUCGCUGCAUGCACAGAGUUUUCUCCGUUGCCCUUGCUGAGAAACUUUCAGCAGAGGGGAACUCGUAAAGACUACCGAGAACAACGAUGCAUGAUGCUCCUUUGUUUGCAGAUCAAAUCUGUUACUCGGUCCUGUGUGUCUUUUCCUACCUGGCAGCAGGUUCUGAACGAAAAGUACAACCGCAGCCAAAAAUGCAGUCAGCGCAGCAGCCUGGCAUAGCUGUUACCCAAUCCCAGGGUAGAAGAACCUCCUUCACUGAAUCCUUCCCAAAACUGCACUGACACAAAGGCAGACAUUCGCUUCCGUUUGUGCAUGACAACGAUAGUUGUGCUCUUUACGCCUGUCUACCAUGGGUUUAAAAUCGGCAAAUUGCAAAAUAUCUGGAUUUUUAGAUCCAACGCACGUUAUUCGACUUUUAUUUGGUUGAUCAUCAUCUGCGUAUGAAGCUUUUUUUUCUACUCACAAUGUGCACUGAUUUAUAAUCAGGGGGCGUUGAAUCAAUCACCACCAACCCUAAGCACUAACUGUUAGAUUUUACUUGAAUGUGUACGUUUUUAUUUUUUCACCUUUAGAUCUAGCAUACCUGAAGAUGAUAAUUCAUCAUCGAGAGCAUGGGUUUUUAUUUUUCACAUGUUUUUUUUCGAUUGGGUGAAAUACAGAUGGCAACUGCGACGAACACAAAACUAAAUGCAGAAAUUUGACUCGUUACUGAAACUUGUAACAUAACAAAACGUAGAGACCGUAUUUGGCUAAAAAUUCCUUAUUUUUCUAGCGCGGCGGAGGUGGCCCUGGACGACUAAAAAUUCAAAUUAGAUAUUUUGAAUUUUAAAACA